AAUGUGAUGGGAAGUGGAGUUUCCACGCUUUGCCCUUGCUUUAAUCCGGUGGCAAACCGGUGGAACCGGCAGCCGGAUAAUCACCCGGACCGGAUCUUUGCUUCAUCAGAGCCGUUGGAUGAAACCCUAGGCCACUCCUUUUGUUACGUUCGGUCUUCCAAUCGUUUCCUCUCUCCGACUCCUUCCGAUCGUUUCGUUUCUCCUUCGCACUCUCAACGUUUCUCUCCGUCGCACGACCCAAAUACCCGAACUGGACCUGAAACUUUGUUUAAAGCCAUAUCCGGAGCCUCCGUGAGUGCUAAUACGUCGACUGCCAGAACUGUCCUCCAACUUGACAAUAUAUACGACGAUGCCACUGAGAAUACCCUCGGUUACGGUAUUAAAAGCAGUAUCGUUAGCGGGAAUGGCUUCGAGAGCACAUCGUUGUUUAGUGCCUUGCCACUUCAGCCGGUGCCACGUGGCGGAGCUCAUGAUCAGGUGGAGCGGGGUGGGUUCUUCAUGUCGGGUCCGUUAGAGCGCGGGAUGGUGUCAGGUCCACUGGAGGCCAACGCGGGUUCCGAAGGGAGUGCACAUUUCUCGGCACCGUUGGGUGGCCUUUAUGUAAAAAAGAAGAGGAAGAAGGGCAUUUCGAGGAUAUUUACAAAUUUCUCCGAGAAGAAACGGCCCUGGGUGGUUCCUGUCUUGAAUUUCGUCGGGAGAAAAGAGAAUUCCGAGGAUACUGAGGCGGCGGCAGCGACGGAGGGGAAGACCGAUGGUGAUGUGCAGUGGGCGUUAGGGAAGGCCGGGGAGGAUCGGGUUCACGUCGUUGUUUCGGAGGAGCAAGGGUGGUUGUUCGUUGGGAUUUACGACGGGUUUAAUGGGCCGGAUGCACCCGAAUUCUUGAUGGGUAAUCUCUAUCGAGCUGUUUUCCAUGAACUCCAUGGUCUUUUUUGGGAACUUGAUGAAGAAACUGAAAAUAAAACUGAAAAUGAAAAUGCAGCUGAAAAUAAAACUAACCUACCCAACUUAAUCAUAGGUACAGAUAGCUUAAAUAAAACUUAUAGUGAAACUGAGAAUCAGAAGAAGUCUGUUGAGGAGGUUAAGAGUGCAGGGGAGGGCAUAAUAAGGGAGAAUGAAUCGAGUGGAGUGGUACAAGAGAGGACGAAGAGGGUAACCUUUGGAUUAGAGGGGACUGAGAUUACGAGGAGGAGGUUGUGGGAGUUUCUUGCCGAGGAUGACCAUGAAGAAGGGUUGGAUCUUUCGGGGUCUGAUAGGUUUGCCUUUUCGGUGGAUGAUGCCAUUAGUGCAAGUAAAGAGGGGUCUGUAGUGAGUAGGAGGUGGUUGUUGUCGAAAUUGAAGCAAGGGUUGUCUAAGCAUAGAGAGGGGUCCAGAAGUUUGUUACUUCCAUGGAGGUUUGGGUUGGAAGGGAAGGAGAAGGCUGAGGAGGUAGAUAAUAGAGUGAAGGAGAGUGCUCAAAAGACUGGGAGGAGAAGGAGAGAAGGUCUGGUUGAUCAUGAAUUGGUUUUGAGGGCAUUGUCGAGAGCUCUGGAAGUGACUGAAGUAGCAUAUUUGGAUAUGACAGAUAAGGUGCUUGGAACGAAUCCAGAGCUUGCAUUGAUGGGUUCAUGUUUGUUGGUGGUAUUGAUGAGGGAUGAGGAUGUGUAUGUGAUGAAUGUGGGGGAUAGUAGGGCAAUAGUUGCGCAGUAUGAACCAGAGGAAGUUGGUUCCAGUAUGGAGGGAAGAAAGCAAGAGGAAAAUGGGUCAAGCAUGGAGGGUAUAGUGGAGGAGACAUUGGCAGUUGGUGCUAAGUCAAUUAAGCCAGUGAACGAGGCUCCUGUUCAGCCCAUCAGAUUGACUGCAUUGCAGCUGUCAACUGAUCAUAGCACAAGCAUUGAAGAAGAAGUUGUAAGAAUCAAGAAUGAGCAUCCAGAUGACAGCCAGUGCAUUGUCAAUGACAGAGUGAAAGGUCGACUUAAAGUAACCAGAGCAUUUGGUGCAGGAUUUCUGAAAAAGCCCAAGUUGAAUGAUGCAUUAUUGGAGAUGUUUCGAAAUGAGUACAUUGGUACUGCACCAUAUAUAUCGUGCUCACCUUCUCUUUGUCACCAUAGACUUUGCCCAAGGGAUCAAUUUUUAAUUCUCUCAUCUGAUGGAUUGUAUCAGUAUCUGAGCAAUCAGGAAGUGGUUUCUCUUGUUGAGAGUUUUAUGGAGAAGUUUCCGGAUGGAGACCCUGCACAACAGCUGAUAGAGGAGGUUCUUUUCCGUGCAGCCAAGAAAGCUGGCAUGGAUUUCCAUGAAUUACUGGACAUCCCACAAGGAGAUCGAAGGAAGUACCAUGAUGAUGUUACUGUCAUGGUUUUAUCGCUGGAGGGAAGAAUUUGGAAGUCAUCUGGAAAGUACCUAUGAAACUCUUCACAUGCUAGGCUCGCAACAAGCAAUUUCUACAUACAAGUGACUCAAAACUCAGAGGUUUAAAUUCCUAUAGUCCAGUCUUUGCAAGCACUCGGAAAAUGUGGGUGCUGGCCCAUUUUUUUGUGGGUCUCAAAUGGGUUUUUCUAGGUCUUCACCAUAAGUAUACAGCUGAUAGCAAAGACUAAUGUGUUAGGCACUCAUCAGGAGUUAAAUAGAUGCCUGAAAUUUUGUUCUGGAUAAACGAAGGGAUAAAAAAUGUGCAGAUGGGGAUCACCAGGAAGUGCUUUUUAGGGACAGAAGAAAGAAAUAAUCUUUUUUGUUUCUCCUUUUCUUUAUCAGAGGAUUUUGCAUCGGCGAGAGGCAAUGUUCAAUUCCAGGUGCCUUCCCUUUUUUAGCAUUUUUGUUCCUUUUUAGAGUGAAAAUAGUUUUUGUAAUUUGGUGGGGGGAUACAAAUAGAUAUAGUUACUGAACUUGGAGCAUUUCCUUUAAUUGAAAGCAGAUCAGAACAAACUGAUAUAACAAUCUAAAAGUUAGAAGAUUAUUUCACGGAAGAGAUGGGCUUGUAAUUACAGCUGAAUAACCAUCUGUGGCAACCACAAAACAACCAGCUGUCUCUUCACUCUGCCUGAGAGGUGCUGCAUGUUUAUUCAAAGGAGAAGCAAAGGAAUUGGACAAUCCUUGAGAGAAUUUACGAGUUCCAGCACCAGUUUGAGCAGAAAAUAGUUCUGGCAAUGCUUUUUCACGUUUAACAAUUUUGGCCGAAGUCCCCAUCCACUCUUCAAGAGCUGUCUGGGCUGCGCCAACAGAGAGUGACCGAACAUCCAGACUGCACUCGUCACCAGUUUUAUUGUGUAAACCUGGGUAUAGCCCUCACAGAGUUCCCAGAUAAAGCAGAUCAUGUGCUCCCUCGUGGAGAUGAUUACUUCUACAUAUAUCAAGCAAGCAAUUGCUUGAUUGAUAUAUAUGUAUAAAUAUAAAAAGUCUUU